ACAAUAAAGAGGACAAUCAGUAUGGAACCGUUAAGAACAGAUAUUAGUGACUGCUCAAUAAAUUCAAAGCAUGAUCAAGCAUUUAAUAGAAUAAUUAAGCAAGAAAAUAUUAUUGUCACUGAUGAUCAAGCAUUUGAUGGAGUUAUUAAACAGGAAUAUUUUGAUCAAACAGAACACAGCAAUGAUAGUCACUUAUUAAAAAUUGGAACUCAAACUGAAGAUAAUGUUAUAACUGAUAUAAAAGAGGAAAUAAUUGUGAUUGACAUUGCUGAAUUUAAAGGUUCAGUAAUUGUCAACCAAAGCAAAUCCUUAGAACACAUAAAUCAUAUGCAAUCGGAUUUGACAUCAAACAACGAUAAAAGGACACAUACUGGUGUGAAGAAGCAUACAUGUGAUAGCUGUGAUAAAGCUUUUUAUCGCAAAGAAAAUUUGAUAAGACAUUUAAGGACACAUAAUGGUAAAAAGCCAUAUAAUUGUGAAAUCUGUGAUAAAGCAUUUACUCAAAAAUCAAAUUUGACGUUUCAUUCAAGAAUACAUACCGGUGAAAUGCCAUAUAACUGUGAAAUCUGCGAUAAAGCAUUUUCUCGAAAAUCCUAUUUAACGAAACAUUCAAGGAUACAUACCGGUGUAAAGCCAUGCAAAUGUAAAAUCUGUUAUAAAGCUUUUGCUCGCAAUGAUAAUUUAAUAACACAUUUAAGGACACAUACGGGUGAAAAGCCAUUUCAAUGUGAAAUCUGUGAUAAAGAAUUUUCUCAAAAAUCCUAUUUAACGAAACAUUCAAGGACACAUACCGGUGUAAAGCCAUGCAAAUGUAAAAUCUGUGAUAAAGCUUUUGCUCGCAAUGAUAAUUUGAUGAAUCAUUUAAGGUCACAUACCGGUGAAACGCCAUAUAAAUGUGAAAUCUGUGAUAAAGCAUUUUCUCGAAAACCAUAUUUAACGAUUCAUUUAAGGACACAUGCCGGUGAAAAGCCAUGCAAAUGUGAAAUCUGUGAUAAAGCAUUUUCUCCCAUAGAAAAUUUGAUAAGACAUUUAAGGACACAUAAUGGUGAAAAGCCAUAUAAAUGUGAAAUCUGUGAUAAAGCAUUUUCUCGCAAAGAAAAUUUGAUAAGACAUUUAAGGACACAUAAUGGUGAAAAGCCAUAUAAAUGUGAAAUCUGUGAUAAAGCCUUUUCUCAAAAAUCAAGUUUGACAACUCAUUUAAGAAUACAUACCGGUGAGAUGCCACAUAACUGUAAAAUCUGUGAUAAAGCCUUUUCUCAAAAAUCAAGUUUGACGACUCAUUCAAUGACACAUACCGGUGUAAAGUCAUGCAAAUGUAAAAUCUGUGAUAAAGCUUUUGCUCGCAAUGAUCAUUUAAUAAUACAUUUAAGGACACAUACCGGUGAAACGCCAUAUAAAUGUAAAAUCUGUGAUACAGCCUUUUCUCACAAAAACAAUUUGAUAAAGCAUAUUAUAAUGACGCAUAACGAAAAAAAUCAGUAUCAAUGUGAAGUCUGUGAUAAAGAUUUUUCUCACAAACCAACUUUGAUAAAGCAUAUAAGGUCGCAUAACGGAAUAAAGCGGUAUCAAUGUGAAAUAUGUGAUAAGACUUUUAAAAGGAUAACUAAUUUAAAAAGCCAUAUUAUGACACUUCAUUUCUAA